ACAUCUGCGCAGAGUCUCGAUUUUGUCGACUGUGAAAUUCGUGGUAGGCUUCGUUGUUGAUUGUGGAAUUCAGUAAACACUAUCAUUACGUGAAACGGAAACGACGAAAUUGUGUUUAUAGGUUGAAUUGAUACUGUGAAAGGUAAACGAUAUGUUUGAAGUCAUUUUGUAUGGGAAAUCGCUCGCAAUGACUGUUGUUACUGUACUAACUUUCGGACGUCAGGAAUCGUAACUCAGUGACGUAAAUAUUGGUCAGUCUUGACGGGAUAUCUAACUUCGAAGAAUAUCUGGAUGAUACUAAUGACUCUAAAAAUUAUGUUAACAUCUUGAAUACAGAACGGAAGUGCUAUAAAAAAUCUUGUAAUAACCAACAUGGCAGUUUGACAGUACAGGAAGAAUUCUAUGAUACAUCAGCCCAUAAAGCAACUGGGUAUGUGCCUAUUUCCCGCAGACAUUGUGAGAGCAGUCAGAAACUUAAAAACUAGUUUUAUAGGCAUUUGCGAUAAAAAUUCAGUUGUUAACAAUGUCGGUUUUAAACCAAAGUGGAGAAGAACAAGUAGAAUGCCCAUUGUGUAUGGAACCACUGGAAGUUGAUGACAUAAAUUUCUUCCCAUGCACAUGUGGCUACCAGAUCUGCCGAUUUUGUUGGCAUCGAAUCAGGACUGAUGAAAAUGGGCUGUGCCCAGCAUGUCGCAAAGCCUAUCCAGAGAAUCCUGCGGAUUUCAAACCUCUCACACAGGAAGAAGUACAGAAACUGAAAGCAGAGAAACGACAGAGAGAUCAACAACGAAAGCAGAAGAUAACUGAGAACAGAAAGCAUCUAGCAAAUGUCCGUGUAGUGCAAAAAAACUUAGUGUUCGUUGUUGGCUUACCAAUGAGACUUGCAGAUGCGGAGAUAUUGAAAAAGCAUGAAUAUUUUGGAAAGUUCGGGAAAAUUCACAAAGUUGUUAUUAACCAGAGCACUACAUAUGCAGGCUCUCAGGGUCCUAGUGCAAGUGCAUAUGUAACGUACCAUAAAGCUGAUGAUGCCUUGAGGGCUAUUCAGGCAGUUAACAACAUUUCUGUAGAUGGUAGGACUAUAAAAACAUCAUUAGGCACUACAAAAUACUGCUCUCACUUUAUGAAGAAUCAGCCAUGCCCUAAACCAGACUGCAUGUACCUUCAUGAUUUAGGUGAUCCAGAAGCGAGCUUUACAAAAGAAGAAAUGCAGCAGGGGAAACAUCAAGAGUAUGAAAAAAAGCUACAUGAGCAGCUUCUGAAUGGCUACAACAAAGACAGGGUACUCUGGGAUCAGCUUCAUACUCAGUGGCACACAGAUCAGGAAAACUCAAGAGAUCCUAAGCUUCCACACGGGAAUAGAAGGAAAGGAAAAAAAAGAAGAAUGUUAGUCAGUAAUCAGCAUAACACUCGCUACAGACAGUCUCAAACUAAAAAAGGGCAGGUCGGUCCAGAUGUGGCCCGGUCUAGGCCAUGUUCCGGAAAACCGGGAUCCUCACCACCUCGUAGCACACAGAGUUCUGUAUGUGCAUCUUCAAAUUCUCCAUUGUCUUCAGGCUCUGCAUCUACAUCGUCCCAGUCACAAGUGAAUAAACAAGGCUGGCAACAUGCUUCUGCCAAUGUUGCAGGAAGCAACAGCCCAAUAUCAAGUGUCAGCAGUGGCUGCAGCAAUUCCAUGGGUCGAUCAACUGGUGGUGGAAACCAGAGACGUUCAAAGGAUUCUCACAAGAAAAGGCAUGCGCUACCUGAUGACAAAGGGAGACUGCGUGAUAAACUUCAGAAUGCAACUGGAGAGGAUCGCCAAAGCAAACCGACUCGUAGCAAGAUAAACUCAUCAAAUAGUGAACGCCCUGCCAAUGGUGUAUCUAAGGACCCAUCUCGAAAAUCAUCAGUAAAUUUCAAUCGCGCAUGUCGUACACGGUCCAAAGAAAGAAAUAGUGGUGGUGUGAGCUGUAGUUCAGCUAAUGAUGUGCCUAGUAAUUUGCCAGCAGGAAGGUUCCACAAGAAUUCUGGUAGAUUGCCUGCUGUGAGAGCUGCGGCCUUGUUUGAGCAAGAUAACAACUCUUUCUUUUCAUCGAAUACAUUCACCAAAGUGUCCACAACAGUUUCUGGCACAGGGGGUUCGGAUUGGUCCUCUAAUGGGCUUUCUGUGGCACACAUACCAGAUGUGCUGCCUCCGGUACACUCUUCAGAAGACUGGCAAGCAGCAUUUGGAUUUUCAAACCGGACAAAAGAAACCACAACUUCACAAGAUAAGUGUGUCCGUGAAGAUAGUAUGGAUGACGAUGAUGAUGAUGAGGAGGAAGAGGAAGAAGAGGAGGAAGAGGAUGAAGAUGAGGAGGUGGAAGAUGAAGAGGAAGAAGAAGAAGAAGAGGAGGAGGAGGAGGAGGAAGAGGAUGAGGAGGAGGAGGAGGGGGGUGAAAAUGGUGAAAGAUCAGUAAGAAUUGCUUCAGAACGAUUUAAAAAUAUGCAAGGGGGCUACAGAAUUAAUAAUAUUGAACAUAUUAUACGCAAAAUGCACAAGCUCCCUUUCAGUGAAGUAAAUGGUGUGGACAGCAGUGUUAUUGUUAACUGUGAAACUACAAAAAUUGCUUCAGGAAAUGGGUAUGUUUUCCACAAGGUGCUUUCUAAUGGGUUUGUUGAAGAUCCAACAGUAUAUGUGAUAGGUAGCAGUCGUCAUGAAUUCUCAGGUCUCCAGAAUGGCUCGAUGCAACAUGUGCGCAAUGGAUUCUCUUCAAAGAGUGUAGACAAACGUUACCCCGAUAUUCACAGGAGGCGGGAACACCGUAAAGAAAAGCAAGGUUGUGUGUCUAAUAGUAACAGAGGAGUUGUGAAACAAUCUAGGAAGAACAAUCAUAGUGCUACGGUUAGUGAACUGCCACACCACAGUUGUGACACGAAUGAUUCUUCUUUGGAAGAUGAUCGUUUUUCAAGCUACGGUGGCUCGGAAAGACAGAGAAACGGUAAUGACUCUUCAGACAGCUGCGGGGAUGUAGAUAGAGAGGAUGAGUUUUGUGAAAGGGUCAAAGAAGAAAUCAGACAAGAAGACAAUAUACGUGCCCCAGAUGAUGAACUGGACUUCGAUCCUUUCCAUGAAACCCAGAAGGCCUUGGCAGAAAUGAUUGAGAAAGAGACAAUGAUGUUGUCUGUUAGGCAGCAGGAAAGUUGUGGGAAUGACCAAGUGCAGCACAUCCAUCUGAAACAGCAUCAGCGGCAACACCACCAACAACAGCAUCACCACUACCACCACCACCACCAUCACCACCACCAUCACCACCACCAUAGCCACCACCACCACCAGCAGCAACAACAGCAGCAACGGCAACACCACCACCAACAACACCAGCAGCAGCAACAUCAACAUCAUCAACAGCAGCAGCAACAACAACAUUACCAGCAUGGGGGACACAGUUUCCAUGGAUCAGCCAGUGCACAACAGCAGUUUCUGUAUGGAGGGAAGAUACUUCCACCAUACACUAAUGGUGCAAGUUCAUAUCUCCUUCAUAAUCAAAGGGUUUCACAAAAUUCUCCUGCUAGAAGUAACACCAAUGCAAGGCUGCCUCCUCCAGGCUUCUCAGCUGGACCCAAUCAUAUGAAUGCCUUUGGUCUUGGGAUCCCUCGCGCUCCCACGACAUCAGGUAGCAAAAUUCUGCCAUUCAUGGGACUGAGUAAUAGCAGUGCCAAUGGUGGUGGCGGUGCCAGCAGUAGCAGUAGCAGCAGCAGCAGCAGUAGCAGCAGCACAAGCACCACCAGCAGCAGUGGUGGUGGUGGCAACAAUGGUGGCAGUGGUGGCAGCAGCUCAACCACCACCAGCACGACCACGACGACGACCACCACCACCACCACCAGCAGUAGCAGCAGCAGCAGCAGUAGCAGCAGCACGUGCAACAGUGGCCAGGCAUCUGGUCCACCUGCUCCAGACAACUCUAACUCCUUUGGACUGGAGGACUGCUACAAUACACAUGAAUGGUCAGAACAUGGAAGUCCAACACAUCCACCAGUUUUUCCUAGUGCCACAAAUACAAAGAACAAUACUUCAAAAGGGUGGACGGGAUCAGAUUGGGAUGCUCUAGACCCUGCAAUAGUAACAUCAUCACGGCCAGGCAGUUCAAAUCAUGGUCAAUCAUGGGUGCAGAAUGUUCCUGUCUAUACUUCUGCUCCUCCACCUCCGCCUCUGCCUCCAGCCCCUUCGGACUGGAGCUCCAUGUCGCAGCCUGUACCUCCACCACCACCUGGGUUUGGGCACCGACAUGUCACAAGAAAUCACAGCAGCAAAUCACCACUGCAUGAGGUUUCAAAGAGUUGAAAGUUGAAAAUGGGCUGUGAGUACAACGAAGUGCAUGCCAUUUGAGGUGCUGCUUUGGUAGCUGCUUGCAUAUAUCUAGGAACUGGAUUAUGAUUUUUGUUUUACAGUAUUUAUGCUUGUGUGCUGCUCAGGAUUACCAAGACUGUGUGUGAGAUCAAAAUGCACUAAUAUAUCAUUACAUAUUUUUAAAAAAAGCAAUAAUGUUUCCAGAGUUUAAAAGAAUUGUGUGUUGGCUUUCAUGUACUCUCUAAGAAAAGACUGUUUUUGGGAGAAAGUUGAGAAAUUGAAAAAGUAACAUAAUAGCUCCUGUGAUUGAUUUUGAUAACUUUUGUGACCUUUACAAAAGUAAAAAAUGAAAUUCUCCCCCCCCCCCCUCUCUCUCUCUCUCUCUCUCUCUCUCUCUCUCUCUCUCUCUCUCUCUCUCUCUCUCUCUCUCUCUCUCUGUGUGUGUGUGUGUGUGUGUGUGUGUGUGUGUGUGUGUGUGUGUGUGUGUGUGUGUGUGUGUGUGUGACAAACAGAAGUUUUCUUGAUACACCAUCUUGUUUCUGUGGCAUGGUACCACAUUGUCCAAUUGUUUCUUUUCUUUCUAUAUUUUUCUUACCAAGAAUGUUAAAAUUUCAAAAUAGUUUACCAAAGAACAACUCUUGCUUUGCCAGAUCACUUGGUGAAGUGCCUUAUUAAUCUAUGUACAUUUAUUCUGUUCCGAAUGAAAUAAAUGGGUAACUGCAACUGUUCCAUUUGUUUUUUGGCAUAUUUUCUUCAGUUAUAAAUUUUCUUUUGCUCAGAUACUUUGAAGAGGCAUAUACUUUUUCCUUAAGUUAUUAAAUUUUAUUUUGCUCAGAUAUUUUGAAAGUGAUAUGUUAAUUAGCAGUGCAAGUUAUCUGACAGAAGUAGAUAUUAAGAAAGUGUACCAGUGUUAAUCGAACAUCAAGAAUUGUACAUGUCACAAAGAAACAGUGUAAAAGGAUAUUUAAUUUUAUUUGAUACAGUGCUGUAAUGACUUGUUGGUGCUUCAUUGUAAUGCUUUGUAAGUAAUGACAGAAUGGAUUUGUUUCUGAUAUCAAAAUUGCAACACUCUAUUUUUUGGUACAUACUGUAAGAGACAUAAGAAAGACUGUGAAUUUGUUCGUUAGCAGGAAAUUCAUGAUCUUAUUGGGCUCUGUUCCUUGUGAAAAUAAGAUUCUUGAAAUGUUGUCAUUCUUUUCAGUUCUUCUAAAUAUCUGUUUUUACUUUGUACCGUAUGUUAAUUAAGGCCCUCAAAAUUAAAUUAAAUAUUUGUACACAUUGAAGAAUUUCACAGAUUUGUAAAACUAAGUUUUACACCUCUCUCUGCAACUGCAGGCAGUUUCAGAUACCUGUUCUGUUAUUCAAUGUACAAAGCAACUGUUUGAGUUAAUGUGGAACUUUAAUAAAUUAAGUAAUUUCUAUAUGUUGAUAUAAUUGUGUUAUAAAAUACUUUUGCACUGUUUCUAGUGACAUUUUAUUUACAGCUUAUGCGUUAAGGUUGUUAAACAGUAUAGUCAUAACUGUGAGAGAGUGAUUACUGUCUUUUAUAGUUAAAGUGAUUUGUGCAACGUGAGGUUUAUUUUUAUAAUUGUCUAAACUGUGACAUCUUCCUGUGACUUUCGUCCUUUCUGUUACCACAUACGUUCGACUUUGUUUGCAUAUUGUAUUUUGUAAUUUGGUAACUGGUGUUAUAUUGUGAUGUUUGUUGUGGUACAGAUUGUACUUAGUAACCUAGCAGUUUGAUUUGCUAUACCACAGUCAAAUUGCUCUUCACACAAAACGAAAUUAUAUAAUAAAACCUGAAUCUAAUUAUUGCAACUGUGCUGGUAAUUUUGUUUGAACUCUUUUUACGUUCAGACAUUUAUUUGUAUACAGAUCAAACCUUUUUGUAUUUACCUGUAAAUAAUUAAUUUCCCCAUUGUAUAAGUGAAUUACAAAAUCGACAUGCAUGUUUCGCUUUGUUCUGUCAAUAAUUAUAACAUAUUUUCUGUGGCUGUAAUUAUUUUCUUGGUAUUUUGAAGAAUGCUCAGCAAAGAAAAUGAUGGUAUGUUCUUCACACUGUGUGUCUGAUUUUUGGGCUACUUCAUGUAGCUAAAUUUCAUCUGUGACCACUUUAAUUUUAAGUUACAUAGCCUCUAGGUUUGUGCAACAUAAGAAAAUGAGACUCGCAAAACAAGUAGUAUUUUAUUGAUAAUUAAUGCUUUUUUCCCUUUUUUGUGUAAUAUUUGUGAUAGUUAUUUAGAAACAUAAAGUCAUAAUUAUAAUUGUUUUGAGUCAUUAACUGAGAGGUAAAACACACAAUCUAGGUUCUGUUUUGCUUCAAUAAAAUGUAAGAAAUGAAUCUGAGCUAUUUUUGUUUUCCUAAGAGAUGAUUCAGGCUAACAACUUCAAAUUAUUUUACAUAGCCUCCUGCGUUUCCUUGACGUUUUUUGUAACCUUUUCCAUUAAUAUGAAUGUGUUUAUUAUAUACAUGAAAUUAUCAUAAGAAAAUGUUCACUUUUGCUGUAAAGAAAUGGAAAAAUCAUGGAUCACCUUGCAUAAGUGAAACUUUCAAUGCUUUCAAAUCGCAUCAUGUCCAACUACCAAAGUGUUUGCUUGUCAUUAGAGUUCUAACAGAUCUGCGGCUUUCAUUAAGCAAGCCAGAGCAUUUUAAUACUGAUUUGCCUGAAGGCACAUAGACAAUUACAGCAUUUUUCCAGUAUCUUCAUUGCAGGUGCUCUCUGCAACAUUUGGAAAUUAGCUUUGUUCAAGACACGUAACAGGUAAUUCACUAUCCUGGCAAUCAUUAUUGAUCUUCUUCCCUUUUCCACCAAACUAACAGUAUGCUCACAAUGGCAGCAUUUGCAAACAAUGUCAACAUUAGUUAUGCAAUACAUUACUAGUGAAAUCCAUUGUGUAUCCCUGUACUACAGAGUGUAGUAUAGAUAAGUGAUUCCAGGUCUUCUGUUUGCCUUGCUUGCUAUUGCUAUUGCUAUACUUACUUUAAUCGAUAGCCAUUCUAAAACUGGUAGUACUUUACCAUAAUUUAAGAAUUCCCAGAUGACACUAUCAGCUUCAAAUAAACAUGAUCAUUUGAACCUACGUGACUGUUGUUUCCAAAGUUUUUACUUGGGAGUUUAUUGUGAACAGUGAACCUGACCAUUCAGUUCUACUUUCAGCUAACAGAAAGAGUGUAACUGUCAUUCUUUGUAUCUACCCCAUAUCUUAGUUAUAAAUAUGUGUGUGCUUUCCUGAGAUCUCCUGUGCCAGUAGCUGUGGUAGAUAAUUAUGUUUUAAAUAAAACAAGAUCUGGGACUGUCCAUUCACAGUAGUUUCUUACAUUUCUAAGAAUUAGCAUAUCAUCCUUUCCUAGCACAAUAAUUUCAUAUCUUUCCAAUUGUUGAUCAUGAUUACUUAACUGUAGUUAUGAUCUAAGUCACUAUGGAUACUGUAGGUGAUUAUUUUUUUUUUUUUUUUUUUUUUUUUUUUUUUUUUUUUUUUUUACAAUUAGCUGUCACCAAAGUAACUUAUCCAUACUUUUAAGUGAUUACAAAGUCUGGAGGUUAGUUAUACAAAUAUUUCAUCAAUGCACUUUAACCUCUCCAAUUAAAAGAAUAUGUAUAAAAUCAAUUUGAGCCUAAUGACCCUAAUGCUUUCAAUAUAAAAGGAAAUCCCUCACUUCAGUCAAUACCUGGGCCAUUGUUCCAAUAUAUACCAUAUUACACUUAACAUUGUUCUAUGAUUCAUAUUGAAUUGCACUGGCGGUGUGUACCCAGUAUUGCUACUUUUAUAAAGUGAAAUCAGUUUUGGACAUUUAAUUAAGAAUUUUUUGAUGGUUCAUCAUCAAUAACUUUUACUUUUAUAUUUACCUACAAGAGAUUGCAGAUGUAUUGAACCACUUAAAACCAAAGUGACAUCAAAGGUUCUGAAAGUGAUUUCAUUAGGAAGAAACAUUCUGUGAAGAGUCACACAUUCAGCCCAAAGUGCUUGACUUCAAAGAAGGUUGUUUGGUUCAGAGGAAUAGUAUCGUUUAAAGUACUGUAGUUGCUGGAACCUUGCCUGUGGUGCACGGAAAGAUAUUAGUGUAUAAACUGUAUUGCUCAGGCUCUUCAAAGAAAUUGCUAAAUGUCUGUAAAGUGAUUUUUGUAUUCAUCUGCAGCAUCAACAUUUAAUGUAGCCCUCCAAUUUCAAUGUUGUGUGUUCAUGUUACACACUUCACUGUAAACAGCUGGUAUCUUUUCCAGAUCAUGCAGAAGCUAUCACUGCUUUAAAACCAUCUUCAUGUAUAGUCUCUCAAAUAAGGUGUCAUGAUUUUGCCAUUUCCUUAAUCAAAAUUGUAAAUAACAACUCAUGGGUAUAACUAUGUCUUCGAUAAUUUUGUAAGUAAUUAAGUGGUGGACAUUUUUGUUUAACAUUCUCUCACUUCCAGCACUUGAGCAGACUUUGUGCAAAAAUGAAGUGUUUAAUGGAGUAAUCAAUCUUGUUUGUAACUCUAGUGAGAACUAUGGCUGAAUGAAACAGUAACUAAAGUAUCUUGGCUUUGAAAGCCAAGAAUUGCUUGGUCAGGGAAGUGAGAGAUGAUUUAUUAAACUUGAACAAGCUGAUACAAGUAAAAAAAGUCAGAGAUGGCAAGCUGUUAUGUUUGUGUUAAUUAUUUGAAAUAUUAAUUAAUUAGAGCACAAACAUAUACUGCACAGGUUACAAUGUUGUUUGUUUCUUUGCAUUUUGGGUAUUUUACUUGGCAUUAUUUUGAGCUCUGUUGUAUAUUCCUUGUGAUGUUAUGUAUUGUUUGUGACUGUUCAAUGAGGCAGGUCCUAUCACAGAAGAAAAUGUAUGUAAUAAUGGCUAAUUUUUGAAAAUAUAAGAGACAUUUAUGCUGCAAAAAUGUACUUCCUGAAUUCUUACUCAGCAAACACUGGCUAUGGUUAUGAUAAUUUUCAUGUGGAGCAUAGCAAAUGCUUAAAAACUAUUUACUUGGUCAUUACUUUGUUUACAUCUAUGUACAGCAAAAACCUUUCAUGGUUGCAUUUUUUCUUUGCAAACAGUUAGUGUAUUGUUUAAUUCUGUACCAUUUUGAAGUAACAAUCAACAUUUCUCAUUAAAUAUCACUUUACGUGUUUGGGGGCUGUGGAAUAGACAGUCUGUUUUCGUGUGUGUGCAUGUGGGGGGGGGGGGGGGGGGGGUGGCAACGUGCAUGUGAACAGGUAUAAUUCAGUUUGAAUUUCACAUUAUUUAAUUUUCAAAUAUGUGCAUUCAUUUGGAACAAAUUGAAAAUGAUGUGCUACACUGUAAAAUGUCAUGAUACCCAGUUUCUUAUGACAGUGAGCAUUAUAGGUAAUUUCAGAACUAGGGUUUUGAAACACAGUUAGUUAGUAAAUCUAUAGCUCUUCAUUUCCGUGUCUGAUAUUAUGUUUAUGUUCCCAGAGCAAACUCAGUGGUAUGGUUCAGUGAAGAUUUUAAAACUCCAAAUUUUAUUUAAAACAUUCACAGUGUCUUGUCAUGCAGUAAAAAUUUCCCACAUGAAAUUGUAA